GCAGUCUGCAGUACUACUGCAAACCAGGAAAUUAACAAGUUCAGUACUACAUAAUAAUGUGUAUGUAUAUACAUACCUGAAUAUACAUAUAAUACGCAAGCUAUAACUUUCCUAAAAAAUCCAAGCCCUCAGAGCCCUUUCGCUUGUCUCUUAAUUUGUGUAUUGCGAGUUUGCAACGGAAAAAAUGGAAGCAGAAUAUGAGUACAAGAAAGGGUUAUGGACAAAGGAGGAAGAUGAGAUUCUGCUAGACUACAAAAGGGUACAUGGAAGUGGCCGCUGGAACCGCAUUCCUAAGGUUACCGGCCUGAAGAGGAAUGGAAAGAGCUGCAGAUUGAGGUGGCUCAACUAUCUCAGCCCAGAUGUGAAACGCGGCGAUUUUUCUGAGCAGGAAGAAGACCUCAUUAUCAGACUUCAUAAUCUCCUUGGAAACAGGUGGUCUUUGAUUGCGGGGCGUUUACCAGGAAGAACUGACAACCAAGUCAAGAACUACUGGAACGCUCAUUUGAGCAAAAAGCUUGGCGACAUAAAAAAGCAGCAUACACCUAGAAAAUUUGUUGUUUCUACGUCUAAAGCUCACUCUUGUGCUACUCAAGAACUGCCAGGAGACAAACUAGUACACCAACACAAACUGCUCAAAGCGCGGGACUCGGACUCAACUUCCGGUAUGAAAAGUAAUAAUCAAACAGCAAAUUUGGAUUCUAAUGAAGAAGAAAAGAUAGAAUGGAUGGCCAAGCAUUGUACCGAGUCGCUUUCUUGUUCUAAUUAUGAUAAUUUGAUUAGCUGGGGCAUGGUCAAUAUUCUGCAAGGAUACCCUCUUGACUAUUGUAAUUAUAAUUAAUCAGAAUUCGAACUUGUUCUGGUUGAUCACAAGUUUGAGUUGACAAAAUGAUUUGUUAUGAUCAAUAAUCUUCACUUAUCUGAA